AUGCGUUUCUCUGUCGCCACUAUUCUGGCUUUCGCCGCCACUGCCUUUGCCCAGACUGCCGACUUCGAUCCCAUCUACGCCCCCACGCCUAACGAGAAGAUUACUGCUGGCUCUACAUUUACUAUCACCUGGAAGGCUCCCGCCAAGUACUCUGAAGGCACCGUCAAGAUUGAGCUGAUCGGCGGUGCUACCCAGAAUACUCAGGUCCCGCUUGCUGAUAUCGCUUCUGGUGUCAAGAACAGUGCCGAGUCCUACUCAUGGAAGGUCGACGCUUCUCUUGGUGACAAGGCGGUAUAUGGUCUUGUCAUCCGCUACGAGAGCGAUCCCACCAUUUUCCAGUACUCUAACCCUUUCCACAUCACGGCCUCUGGCAACCAGCCUUCUGGUACCUCGAGCAGCAGCGUGACCAAGACUGUUACUUUGUCUAGCUUGUCUAGCAGCACCGCUCCGGUCACGAGCACUGCCGCCGCCAGCAGCACUUCCGUCACGACGACUUCUGCUCCCGCCACAACCAGCACUCACUCCAAGACCAUCAAGUCCAACACUACCCUUCCUGCCAACACCACUCUGGUUGUCAAGACCUCAUCCAGCCAGUCUGCUCCUGUUCUCAUUACCAGCACUGCUGUUUUCAAGCCCACUACUGCUGCUCCCACUACUACUGCUCCCAGUACUCUUGCCACCCCUACUGCUGCUGCCAACGUCGUUCGCGUCGGCUCACUCGCUAUUCUGGGUGUUGUUGCCGCCGUUCUUGCUCUGUAA